UGAGUGUUGAUGGACGACUCGUCCAGUUUUUUGUUCCAUGGAUUGGCUUAGUUGGCUCACCUCCUGACACGACCGGCUCACGCGGCCGGUAGUAUGGUCUACUUUCGUGAUGUCGGCUAGAGUCGGACCGAACAAGCCAGGUCGGAGGCCUCGCUUGCCUGGCGAUGACAAACCCGCUCCCGAUCCCCUCCUGCGGAGAAAAUUCCGCUUUGCAAAGACCGCAUGGCUUUGCCACCUUCAUCUCCUGCUAUACAGCAGAAACUGCGCGGCCCACGCACGGGUCCAGACGACCGACGAAACAGUCCGUCUUGUGCAAACGAGCCCAGAGAGGCGUGUGGAACAGUUGUCAGGACAACAUCAGAUGAGCGGAACUGCAACUACCCCGACUUCGCCUCGACGAGGAACAGAACAAGAUAGUCCUCUACUUCUAGAUGGUGCUGGCAAAGAAGAGCUCCUUCUUGAUGAUGAGGCACCGGCGAAAAAAAACGCAGCAAUCACGGGAGACCACGGGGGUCUACCGGCCAAACAAGACGCCCGCAUUAGCACAGGCGUAUAUGGGAGUAGGACCGGUCGCUCUUCACCGACAAUACCCGACGAAAGGAGAAGAAUCAUAUUAACGGAUGAAGAAGUUCAGCCAACCCUGACACAGCGGCACGAGCAGCAAGCGCAGGUGGUAUCAUCUUCGCGUGGACCUCCAGCUCCGACAAAAAACAGUCAGCAGACGGAAGAAGAACGUCAGCAUUUGAAGAUGAAAGUAGUGGAAAUCACGGCAGCGGACGAGAACCUAGAGCAAGCGGAACAUGAUGAAACCAUUAACAAAUCUCUGGCAAUUUCUGGAGGCACCGUUCCAGAGCAUACUAUCGCAGCAGCACCAGCAGCUGCUGAGGUUCCUCGUCGUGCAGCAUUAGAGGCAGGAGAGCCGUCUACUUCUUCUUCACAAAUUCUACUUGAGCAGGGCACUGCAGCAAAUCUUCUACCCGAUCACUCUGAUAGGCCCGGAAACAAGAACUACGUGAACACCGAUAAAAAUAAGAAACUCCUGGAAGAUGAUGAGUCCGAAACACGGAAAGGCACGGUGGGACAAGAUAUCAGUAACCCGGACGAAGAACCCGACCACGAUCGUGUAGAAGACCAGGAAUUUCUGGAGCGCGACGUUGGCCACGGAACGGGUGAACAUCCUCCGUUGGGACAAACACCGCGACGUAGCGACGGUGAGGAGCCGCGGCACCUGCCUCAGCACGAGGAUUUGGAAGUAACGAGCCAAGCAUCCACCUCGUCCACGAAAACGAGCAGGACUAACGAAAGUAGUGGCGGGACGAAGGCUGGUGCCAAGGCGGAGCAUAAGAGGGCUAUCGACGAAAUAUCAAACAAGGACUCCUUCUUGCAAGACGAACAAAAAAAUGAAACAACUUCUACAACUGAAGUAGAUUCAGAUUCAAAACUAACACGACCCGACCAGAAGAACCCGGCGGGGAAAGGUGUUGUACCUGCUCCCGGUCUUCCGCAUUACGAGUCCUCGGCGUCACAAAUGGCGACGGGACAGUAUCAACAGUGAAUUUCCCGUACAGAACGACGUGAGGACGCCGUAGGGUAUUACUUUAAGUAGUUCUUGUACGAAGUGUUUUAUUGUUCGUAUGGAUGUUGACACAACUUGAACUUCCCAUCUUCAGUAUCGAAAAUCGCAUUCAGCAUGAUUGUUUGCACCAAGAGGCAUGCUUGAGCUUGGGGAAUGAAUUUGUGAUGCUGAUUGUGCGUCGUGCGGUGCGGUAAAUUUGUUUUGCAUACUAGAAAGGAAGAACAGCAUGAAGGACCAAACGAGAACAGACCGGACAGCAAAGUCGAGCAAAAAUCUACUUCAAAGACGAAAGAGGAAGCUACCUCCAAAGGCCGCAGUAGUCAUAAGCGAGGUACUAGUUCUAGAACAAAGCAAAGAGGCGACGAAGAGACGCAUGGAAUCUGUGUGCCGAACCUGCCCAUCGUGGAAACCCCGCCCGACAUUGAUAAUCUUGUCCAGCCAACCAACUGCGCCGACAUUCUCGGGGUGCCGUCGGCGAUUAUGCACUGUGGAAAGUAUCGUUCCUAGUAUAAAUCGCAUUGCAAAUUUUUUUGGAAUUUGUAAUGCGGAUUUGACUUGAGAAAGAUCUGUAACGCAUGACUGCGAUUAGUUGUACGAGUUGGAUACUUUUGUAAUUCAUAGCAAUCGGGAUCAAGCGAUUUUGCAUGGGGAAGGACAAGGAGAAUUACCCACAGGAAAAGAACCAUCCUCAUCCAAUUUGCCAUGAAAAACAUGACAAAGUAGCUGCACUGUCAUGCAAAAAAUGGAUGGGAGUGGUUGUUUUUUAUUUGUGGAUAAGAACCACGAGAAUUACUGUUACGGUCGAUCUCUCUACUCCAGCGAUCGUGUGUAUGGAUGUGUCAGGAUCGAAAUCGACAAAAUCGAAAAAUUUGUGAUGCAUAAAAUGUAGGGCACUUAAGGCCUGCAUUGGGGAGCAGGCAAAUGAGGCCGAUUGUAAGCCUGUUUAGGGGUAUGCAAUGUGCUGCCAGAAUAGCAUGACAGGAGCAGUCUUCUUGGCGCAAACAGCAUGACAGACUGGAUUUGGGUGUUCCCGAAAUUUGUCAUGCGUCACUUGGAAACUGAGGCUCCAACUGACAUCAAUUUUGUGCAUCACAAAUUUUUCGAUUUUAUGAAUUUCGAUUCUGACACUCCCAUAGUGUGGAGCCUGUUUGCGACCAAGGCUUCACACAAUUGGAGUGGGAUAUGGGAGUGUCAGGAUCGAAGUCGUCAAAGUCGAAAUAAUAUGUAAUGCAAAAAAGCGAUACCAGCAGAAGCCCAGUUUGCAAGUGGCGCAUGACAAAUCUUGGCAGCAUGGAAAUCCAAUUUGUCAUGCUGUUUGAGCAGAGAAGACUGCUUCUGUCAUGCUAAUAUUUUAGCAGCUCUAUAUCACACCCCAAACAGGCUUAGAAUCGGCCUCAGUUGCCUGCUCUGCAAGACAGGCACUUUGCGUCUAGCAUUUUAUGCAUCACAAACUUUGACGAUUUCAAUCCUGGCGCUUCCAUAUGGGAGAAGGAUGCGACACUAGGUGUCUCAGACAACGGGUGCAAACAACCCGACCCGCCUAUCGAGAGGAAAAAUGCCCCCUCCCCAUAUCAAAACGAAGUUUCUGAUGCUGGAUUUCCGUACACAAAUCGGAUUUGUCUUGCAGUAGAGCACUGCAGGCAUCUGCCAAGGCAAUUGUCUAUACUGUAAGCCGAACAGCAUCACAAACCGCCUGCACAAUGUGACAGACUCUCUGGGCUUGCGCUCUUGCAAGACAGACAGGAUUUGUGGUGACAAAUCUGCAUGGCAAAUUUUCAGACGGAUUCGCUUUCAAUAUGGGGAGGGGGGAUUUUUUCUCGCAAUACCGCCAGUCGGAACAUGCAGGAAGGAAAACGGAGACCAAGCGACAGGAACGAACACUUUAAAGCAGUGCGUAGCUGAGGGAAACAAGUGGGAUUACAAAGACUGCGACGAUGUUGGAGGCGAUAACAAGUUCAGCGGCAAACUCACGUACAAGGGUGUCGAGAAAAAAUAUCAAAUGCAAAUACUUGUCUCGGUCUGGAAAGAUGCAAGGAACUUAUUUCACGCAUGAUGCGCAGCAAAAGCUUCAACCAUUGACCACACUUAGGAAGGUUUCCUCAUGCUGAGUAGGCAUGGCAAAGCUGCCCUCGCAGAUCAUCCUGUGCUGCUACGCACUGAAUUUUUCCACCAGACCGCUCACUUCACACUCUAAGGCAAUAUACCGGCGUAUGUCGACAAACUCAAGAAACUCUACACUGAGUUCCAGAUGCGGCAGACAUGUUUGCAACGCAUAAAUUCUGCGUAGAUCUUGUUCUCAGUGACGAGGACCCUCUCUGCUCCGCAAACUACUGCCUGAAGAUAUGAAGUUCUCAACCGUUACACUCUCAAUUGGUACAUGAAUGUGUAACGCAAGAACAAUGGCAAAAUUGCAAGGCGGAAAAUUUCGCCUUUAUUUGCAUAACAAGAAGCGUGGCGCAGAUCAUAAUGUUAUCUAGUGGUUGUAGUGCGUGGUCGGGAACUUGUCACGCAAAGCACCUUGAUCAUCUAGUUAUGUUUAUGUACUGCGAUUCUGCGUGACGAAUUCACGCAACAGCUGAGAGUGUAAGAAAGCUUGAGAAUGCCAUAGAAGAAGGAAACCGAGACGGACCAAUCCCUCUGCGCUUCGCCCCUAUCCUGCGCAAAAGUAUCGUAUUCGCAUAAAUGCAAGUCGUGCAUUACAAAUCUUUGUCUUAAGGGAAAUCUGCAUUACAAAUUUUCUCUCUCAUGCUGAACAGAUGAUUUGUAAUGCAUUUAUUAUACGAGUACGAUAUUUUUGCAGUUCAUUGCCCCCGUCGAUCGGCAACUGUGGAGCCCUGGCCUUCCUCGACUGCGUUGCUGAGGUCACCUGUAUGCUAGUAUGCAGUACAAAUUUAUUUCCGUACACGCAGAAAACGCAUAUGACAUCACUUGGCAAGAACAUGCUGAAUAGGAUUGAAGCAAAGUUUUGUCAUGCAGAAACCGCAUUUAUUGUGUGCGUGCGUGAAUUUUUUUCGUGUGGAUAGCGAGACGCGGAGGGCAACUGCGUCCCGCGUUUCCCGGACGCAGUCUGCAACGGGGAGACGUACGAAGAGUGCGAGGCCUAUCCAGAAAAAAAACACCCAUACCCAUCCAAUUUGCCAUGCAAAACAUGCAUAAAAUCCACCAUUUGCCAUGCAAAAAAUGGAUGGGGAUGGAUGUUUUUUCCGGGAGAAGGUUGUGGAAAAUUGUCUCUGGAUGGCCCACUGCGACACGGGAAAUUCUGGGGAACUUUGCACGAAGCGGCCCCGGGACCAGGGGGUUCCGAUGAUGGACUGCCCCGAAGAGCCGGACAACACCGUCCCCAUUCGCCACCAGGUGUUAUCCUGUGCAAAAGCAGCUUACUGGUAGACGAGAUUGCAGUCUGGCAUGACAAAUCUUCUUCCUAAGCUAGAACAGCAUUACAAAUUGCAUUUUUCAUGCUGAGCUAGAGCUUGAGCUAUAGCUAUUUGAUUUGUCAUGCGAAUUCUGCUAUUACUGUGAUGCUUUUCCGAUGCAUAAUUCUGCUACUGCAGCAACGUCACCUGUACGCUGGAAGACGCGCAGAAGUGCUGCGACGGCGGUCCGAUCGUCUACCCGCUGGAAUUUCCCUGCAGAACGGGAGAAUUUUUGAACAAGUUCGACGGGUUCUGCGAGUUCAAAUACUUGCAAAAAAACGGGGUUGACCUGGUGGAACAGCCGUUAGACAAGAACGCAACAAAUGGAACAAAUUCGACCGACGCGGACGAGGCGGAAGAGGCUACAGUAUCCUGUGCAAAAGUAUCGCACUCGUAUUCGUAUGAAUGCAUUACAAAUCUUUUUUUCAAGGUAAGUCAGCAUUACAAAUUUUAUUCCUUAUGCAGAGGAAAUUUGUACUGCAUUCAUACCUACGAGUGCGAUACUUUCGCAAUUCAUAUACAGAUGCGGCGGGCGACGAGUUCUUCUUUUCGCUCAUGCACGACAACCGGCAGACCACUUCUGAGCACGGCGCAGUUCUUGAUGCACGACACCGUGGACCACGACACCGCUCGAAAAAUAACACCACUUUCACGUCGUCUUCAUGGGAGCUGUUGCGCAGAGGAAAGAAAGAACCAGAUGAAGGAGCUUCAUACAACUCGAUAGCAUCUUCUCAACACAGAGGACAGCACUCUGUUGAUGACAGAAACGCCGAGCAGGAGCUCGGGCGCAAUUACAAGUACAAGAAAAAAGGCACGUCGUCUGUUAAAAGCAAAAAGAACAACUUCUACUUCCCCGGACUGCUGGAAACGCGCCAAGCAGCAAAAAUGAUGAACCCGCUCGCGGACCCUGAUGUCGACAACAUUUCGCACGAGAAAUAUCCCUGCCGGAUGCGGGUCGACGGAAAGGAUGGCGUGUUCGUGUGCGUGGGCGAGCCGCCCCGGGUGGUGCCGGACUUCUGGCCGCAGGCGGCGUUGGAGGAACUGAUCGAGCGGCUGAUAAUCGAUUACCAGUAUGCAAUACAAAUUUCCCGUACAUGUACAAGAUGCAUCGCAAAUUUCACCAAUUUGGAGUGCAAAACUUGUCAUUCUACACUAGGAUCGAAGCCAAGAUUUGUCAUGCAGAGACUGCAUUUGUACGCGUACGGAAAAUUUACUGUGGAUAACCAGGACCCGCUGUUAAUGAACAAGGCGAGCAUUUUGUACGGGAUCGGGGUCUUGGUCGUCAUUAUUGUUUAUGCAUCGCAAAUAUGUCUGGGUCUGGAAACUUGUGAUGCUCGGUGGCGUAUCAUGAGGAGGCCACAAGUGCUGGCUCAGCUUGACAAGUUUUUGAGCUCGUAGGUGUUGCCUCUUCUUCGUAACAACCUGCUUUUCUGCAUGACAGAAAAAUGGGGCUCUUGGGUAACGUGCGUAACAGAUUUAAGAGUCAUGCCAGACAAGCAUGACAGACGUGCAUUCUUCCAGACCCAGACACAUUUGCAUUUGAUGUUGUUUUGUACAAGACCAAACCGAAAUCCCGCGCAGGCCCGGAGAGCGGCAUGGGAUAUGAAACCCUCAGAAUGGAAAUGCUCAAAGUGGAAAUGAUUUGUGAUGCAUGAAAUGCGACGCAAAAAAGACUGUAUGGCAGAGGACGCAAUGGAGGCCGACUAUUGUCCUGCUAGGGGUGAAGAAUUGUCGUGCUACUUAGCAUGGCAGACGGGCACCCCUUUGCCUUAACUUGCAUGACAGACAUGCUUUACGCACCCGGGAAAUUUGUCAUGCGCCGACUACAAAUGCCGCUUCAGCUGGAGUCUUUUUUUGCAUUACAAAUUAUUUUCACUUUGAGGAUUUCCAACCUGAGGCUUUCAUAUGGGAUCGGGUGCGCUGGCCGCCCAACUGGCAACCAUGGAGGCGGAACGGGCGGCAGAGAAGGCCAGGAAUGAAGAACGAGAGAAGUAUGGAAAGAAGUGGUAUCUUGAGCUUCAUCCAGAGUCAACAAGAGGCUAUUUUUGUUCGAUGAAAUUUGUAUGUGUCGCGAGCGAGGAGAAGUAGUGUCGUGUCUGGACAAGGUUCAUUUAAUAUUCUUGUCGGCGUUCUUGUUAGCAUCUCCUGUUGAUGACUCUGGUAAAAGUUUCGUUCCCAUAGCAAACAGCGGGAUCGCGAGGCUGCACGAGCGCCGGCGCCAGACAGUGGCGGUGGAAUGCUGGGGUGGAUGAUAUAGGAUUUUGCUUAUCACGGUUUCCUCGGUGUUUACGUUUGUCUUCAUCGCGAGGAGGGCGACGAAGAUAGAGCUACAAUCCGCUCAAAGCAUAACAAACUUACUACUUUCAUCUCAAGUAUAUGAUCAAGGCCAAGUGCCGCCCCGGCUCCGGCACAAGUUUAGUCAUCGUAAUUCAUAAUUGGGGGCCGAAGAUUGUUUAUACUUUAUCACUUCGUCGAGUCGUGACAACUACACUGAUUAGAGGACAUAAACGCAGAGAAAUGUAAAAGCGUAAGCGCCAGCUGUAAAUUGCAUUUGGGAUAAUUGAUAUGAUACACAUUUUCACUCUGAAACCACGGUAGAGAUUUCGGUGCGUAGGACAGGUGUAGAGAAAGCAGCGAUUCGUGUUUUUU